AGGAAAAAGCUAACAAACCUGCUAGCAUCAGUGCAGAUGGCUACCAGUCAGACUUGGAAGUUAAAACGUUUUGGACGUUUAAUACCAAGUUCCAGAGGCAAAGCCACCACACCGUGGAAGGUGAUUGAGGCUAAAGACAGUCAACCGGGAAUUAUUCUCACAAUUGCAGAAUCGGGACACUUGAUGGUGUUGCAGGGUCAUGAAUGUUUGGAUGUAAUCUUUCUCUUGGUUGGCUCAGAUUUUCUCAAAGUGCACCAAAAAGCAGAUAAUCUGAUGCUUCGAUGUACUCUGGAGGGAGAGAGCCGCAUGAUCAGGGUCCAGUUUGCUGGCAGAAGCAGAGCAGAAGCCAUUAAGCAGUGUUCAAGUGCUGUCAACAAACUGAAGGAGUACGUGCCUGUCAGCAUUCAGAAUGACUCUGCGCAGUCCCUUAAUCAGCCCCCGUCUGAGAUCACCGCACCGCUGAGGCAGCAGACCAUGCGGAGAGAGGACAUGGGAGCUGAGCCUGAUGUUGUCCAAGGUCAAGUGUCCAUCAAGCGUCUUACCCAGUGUUUCCUGGGAGAGUGUUCUGCCACACUGCCUCUGACUUACCACUACUGUUCUUUGCCAGAAGAUGACUUGGAGCAAUUCCUGCGUGUUUGCCUGCUGGAUCCCAGCUUUCAUGGGUUUGUGGAACAGGUGGAGAGGGAGUUCAGGAAACUGCUUCACGACUGAGGCUGAGUCACUGAAAUUG